AUGCGUAAAGCUCAAUCUACUGAUCCCAUGGCCACCCAGGUGUCAGAUGUCGGUCUGGCUCAAAAUGCUGUCAAGGCUAGUAACACCUUUGCAUCUUAUAUCUUCCGAGUGUUGACUGAGGGAGGAGGCUCCAACAACAACAUCUUCUUUUCUCCUCUUAGCAUCUCCACUGCACUUGCUAUGACCUUUAUGGGGGCACGUGGUGAGACAGCAAGCCAGAUGAGUCAAGUACUUCACUUCAACGUCUUGGAAGAAUCCGUCCUCCAUCAGUCAUUUGCCGACCUGAGUGCUCUGAUUUUCCGUGCUGCAAUUCCUUGCACCCUGGUAGCUGCCAACAGAUUGUUUGGUCCGAAGGGUUUGGAUGUCCUUGCCACAUUUGUUGAUGACAGCAAGAAAUACUACGGAGCCGGUAUGGAAAUUCUUGAUUUCAUUGGUGAUGGGGAAGGUUCUCGUCAACACAUCAACUCCUGGGUGGAGAAGCAAACUGCAAACCGCAUCAAAGACUUACUUGCUGCAGGAUCUAUCAAUGCUAUGACUCGCUUGGUGCUGGUCAAUACUAUCUACUUCAAAGGAGAUUGGGCUGACAAAUUUAGAUAUCAGGACACAAAUUUUAAUGGGACGUUCCGUACUGUCGGUGGGUACGAGAAGAUUACCAUGAUGCGCAAGACAGACAAGUUCAACUACGCUCGUGACGAUUCCAUGAGCAGUUCUAUCCUGGAGCUACCUUACCUCAAGAAUGAAGUGAGCAUGUUCAUUGUGUUACCUGAUCAAGUGGAUGGGCUGGCUGAUGUGCAGAAGAAGUUGAGUCAAGAGAAAAUUGACUCCUGGGUGACAGAAGCUCGUAUGCGUGACAGCCCUACUGUCAUGGUGUAUCUUCCAAGGUUUAACCUGGAGCAGGACUUCGUCUUAAAUGAUGUCUUGAGGAAGAUGGGUAUGAAUGAUCCAUUUGAUGUUGCCAAGGCUGACUUCUCAGGGAUGACAGGAGACAAAGAUGUCUUCAUAUCCAAAGUGAUCCACAAGGCAUUCUUAAAGGUCAACGAAGAAGGCAGUGAGGCAGCAGCAGCUACUUCUUGGCUUGUGAUCCAGUCUAGCGAUUUUGGACCUCUUAAAUUCAUGGCAGAUCAUCCAUUCUUGUUGUUUAUAUAUGACAAUAAAUCCGGAGCAGUUCUGUUCAUGGGACAGCUGUGCCAACCAUAACAGUAGACUUUAAUUGUGUGGCGAAGUACGGAGACUUGUCAAUGACUGAAGAGCUGGUGUCUUAAA